GCCCCGGCACCGCGGUGCUGCCGGGCCGGCACCGACGCGCCGCCCGGCUCCCGGUGCCCGCUGUCGGUGCCGCCCUCGGCCGCCGCGGUGGCACGGCCGCCCCGGCGUUGGCACACGCGUCCGGCCUCACUCUGCUCCCGUUUGUUUGGGCAGAGCGGCCCGGGGGCUGCGCCGUGGGACCGGGCCCGGACGACCUCUGCGCGCGCCCCGGCAGCGCCGCGGGACGGGCACGGACACAGCCCGGGGCCGUGAUUAUCAGCUCGGGGCCGGACAAUUAAAAUGCAGCGCUGGGGCAUGGCCGUCAAUGUGUACUCGACGUCGGUGACCAGCGAGAACCUGAGCCGCCACGACAUGCUGGCCUGGGUCAACGACUCCCUGCAGCUCAACUACACCAAGAUCGAGCAGCUCUGCUCAGGGGCUGCCUAUUGCCAGUUCAUGGACAUGCUGUUCCCCGGCUGCGUGCACCUGCGGAAGGUGAAAUUCCAGGCCAAGCUGGAGCACGAGUACAUCCACAACUUCAAGGUGCUGCAGGCCGCCUUCAAGAAGAUGGGAGUGGACAAAAUCAUCGCCGUGGAGCGGCUGGUGAAGGGCAAGUUCCAGGACAACUUUGAGUUCAUCCAGUGGUUCAAGAAGUUCUUCGACGCCAACUACGACGGGAAGGAGUACAACCCGCUGCUGGCGCGGCAGGGCCAGGACGUCGCGCCCCCCCCUAACCCAGUCCCCCAGAGAACUUCCCCCACCGGCCCCAAGAACACCCCAAACCCAGCCCGCCUCGGCAACGUGCCCAGCGGCAUCCUUCGGAAAAACUCGCCCGCCGCCCGCAACGGCGGCACCGAGGCUGACGCACAGAUCCUGGAGCUCAACCAGCAGCUGAUGGACCUGAAGCUGACGGUGGACGGGCUGGAGAAGGAGCGGGAUUUCUACUUCAGCAAACUGCGGGACAUCGAGCUCAUCUGCCAGGAGCACGAGAACGAGAACAGCCCCAUCAUCACCGGCAUCGUCAGCGUCCUCUACGCCACGGAGGAGGGCUUCGCUCCACCAGAGGAUGACGAGCUGGAGGAGCAGCCGCCAGAGGACCAGGACGAGUACUAGCCCCGGCCCGCGCCCGUGCCCCCCGCGCCGCCCCCCACCAUAGACAUUCGAGGCCCGAGCCCGUGCCUCGCCCUGCACUGUCACAUGCCAUCGCGGUCUCCGGCAGCUCCGGGGGGAACCCCCCGUCUCCAUAACCAGCCGACGGCCCCCGGGCGAGAAGCGCGGCCGCGCCGGGGCCGGGGCUGGGGCCGGGCUCUGGCCCCACGCUGGGCCCAGCCCGUGCCACCCCCUCCCCAUAUUUAUUUCCGUUGUCCCCUCGGUGUGAGCGAGUGCUGCGGCCGCCCCGGCGUCGCGCCUGCCCACGGUGAGAGCGAGACCGAACACCGAGUCCUCGGGGGCUGGCCCGGGGUGCCACGUGCUGCCUGCCCUGCCAGGACCCCCACGGGACCCCGAGACCCCCGCGGCAGGGUGGGUGUGCCUGGCAGCCCGCAGGGGUGGGAGGCUGUGGUGUGGAGGAGGGAGGUGUUGCUUCAGGAAGAUGAAGAGGAGACCCCAGCCCUGUGCAGCUGUGGCAGUGGGGGGCACCUGCCCCCACGGGGGUCCUAGAGCAGGAGCCUGUCCCUGCUAUGGGAUGGGGACAGCGGUGGCCCUCUCCCCUCGCCCGUGGCCCCCUCGGAGCCGGGGUCGGGGGUGGGUGACCGCGAGGGCUCGCAGCGCCCGCCCGCCCCGGCCGCCGUGUCCCUGUCGCAUCGCUUGUCUGGUCCAUCACUCCGGUCGCAACGCUGCAUCUGUGUUCGGUUUUAUUUAAAUAAACUCGUGUGGUAACACCA